UUGUUCCCAACGGAAUCAACAUUAGAUCAGCGGGACUGAGGUCCGUUUGUCUGUGAAAUGUUUCCGACCACCCCGAACGGCGGGCAGGACGGGCUGUGACGCAGAGAGACGGCGCCGGUCCAGCGAAGGUCCCCGGGCAGUGGGAGCUGGUGGUUCUCACCAUGGAGAACCGGCCGAAUGUCCUCCUGGCAGGUACUCCAGGUGUUGGGAAAACCACCCUUGGUAAAGAGUUAGCUGGAAGAACUGGACUGACGUAUGUGAAUGUGGGAGAACUGGCAAAGGAAGGUCAGCUGUAUAAAGGCUAUGAUGAAGAAUACUCGUGUCCCAUUCUGGAUGAAGAUGGGGUGGUUGAUGAACUUGAGGAGAAGAUGAAGGAAGGUGGGGUAAUUGUGGAUUACCAUGGGUGUGACUUCUUUCCAGAGCGGUGGUUCCACAUUGUCUUUGUCCUUCGAACGGAUAAUUCAAUCCUAUAUGACAGAUUAGAAAACAGGGGUUACAGUGGAAAGAAGCUUCAGGACAAUUUACAGUGUGAGAUUUUCCAGACCAUAUAUGAAGAGGCAAUGGAAUCGUAUCGAGAGGAGAUUGUGCAUCAGUUGCCCAGUAACACACCCGAGGACCUGGAAAGAAAUUUGGAACAGAUUGUACAGUGGGUUGAACAGUGGAUGAAAGAUAAUAAUUAAAUGCCAGCAGUUUUGGAAGGCCUUGGGCUUAGAAGAUUCAUUGCUGGCAUAAAAAUAAACUAAUAUGCUGAGAUGGCUGGUUUUCAUUGGGCUGGCUGCAGUUAACGUCGUGAAAAAGCACUGGUAUUUUAUGCAGGGCAAACAAAGAACAUUUAGGUUAUACAGAGAUUUACUUAUUUGUUGAAUAUUUAGGGACAGAAUUAUAUAAUGAUCAUUGAAAAUAUUUUGCUAUUAGACCAAGAUAUGCUAGUCAAUAUAGUCAGUAGUUGGUAAAGGAUGCUAGUCAAUAUAGUCAAUAGUUGGUAAAGGAUGCAAGAAAGAUUACUGCUCUUCACUUACAGGUUACAUUUGCUGUCUGUUCUGAAGAAUAGUUUGGGUAAACAUACAAAAACAAAGAUAUGGACAACUGAGUCCUGUGUUGAAGUUACAGGAUUGCUUGUGACGAGAAACUUGCUGAUAUUGGCUGAAUGAACCAACUGUUCACCCAUUAUUCAUUGGGUAGCACUGUUGUUUCUGAGUUAGAAGAUUGUGAGCUUAAGCUGUAUUCCACAGACUUGGGCCGAUAAUAGAAGCAGAUAUUCCAGGGCAGUCCCAAGGGAGCUUUGCACUUUUGUAAAUGCCGUUUGUUUAGAUGUGUUAAUUUUAGAGGAUGUGGGGGAAAUUGAAUUCUUUGUGGCUAGUCCUCUACCAUUUCUGAUCAAACUUGAAGCUCACUGAUACAUCAUUCCCACAUAUCUAUCUGGAAUAAAAUGGCUGGUAAUUAUAUACCUGGAUGGAGAAAAGCAAUGCUAACUUUGUUAAUGAAUUCAAAAUUUUGUUAGAGCUAUUCUACGAAUGUGAGAGUGUGACUAUUCAUGCAAAUUUAAUACUUUUUAGUUUAAGACAUUUAAGCCAUAAGUACUUAAGCCAUGGAAAAGAAAAUUAAAAUUAUAAUGCAAAACA